UGCGCUGGGCAGCGGCGCCAGGCCCGGUUGUGUCUAGCUGCCGGUGCGCGGUCCUUAGUGAGGGAGGUAUGGCGGUGCCCACGUCGAUCCUGGGGCCCCCGCCGGUCGGCCAAAGCGGCCCCGGCUCGAUGGCGUCCUGGUGCUCUGUGAGCAGUGGCCCGUCUCGCUACGUGCUCGGGAUGCAGGAGCUGUUCCGAGGCCACAGCAAGACGCGCGAGUUCCCGGCGCACAGUGCCAAGGUGCACUCGGUGGCUUGGAGCUGUGACGGCCGUCGCUUGGCCUCGGGGUCCUUCGACAAGACUGCCAGCGUGUUCUUGCUGGAGAAGGACCGGCUGGUCAAAGAAAACAACUACCGGGGACAUGGAGAUAGUGUGGAUCAGCUCUGUUGGCACCCAAGCAACCCUGAUCUCUUUGUCACAGCAUCUGGAGAUAAAACCAUCCGCAUCUGGGAUGUGAGGACAACAAAGUGCAUUGCCACUGUGAACACUAAAGGGGAGAACAUUAAUAUCUGCUGGAGUCCCGAUGGGCAGACCAUUGCUGUGGGCAACAAGGAUGAUGUUGUGACCUUUAUUGAUGCCAAGACACACCGUUCCAAAGCAGAAGAGCAGUUCAAGUUUGAGGUCAAUGAAAUCUCCUGGAAUAACGACAAUAACAUGUUUUUCCUGACCAACGGCAAUGGUUGUAUCAACAUUCUCAGCUACCCUGAACUAAAGCCUGUGCAGUCCAUCAAUGCCCAUCCUUCUAACUGCAUUUGUAUCAAGUUUGACCCCAUGGGGAAAUACUUUGCCACAGGAAGUGCAGAUGCUUUGGUCAGCCUCUGGGAUGUCGAUGAAUUAGUGUGUGUGCGGUGCUUUUCCAGAUUGGAUUGGCCUGUGAGGACCCUCAGUUUUAGCCACGAUGGAAAAAUGCUGGCGUCGGCCUCCGAGGAUCAUUUCAUUGACAUAGCUGAAGUAGAGACAGGUGACAAGCUAUGGGAGGUGCAGUGUGAGUCCCCGACCUUCACCGUGGCUUGGCACCCCAAGCGGCCUCUCCUGGCAUUUGCCUGUGAUGACAAAGAUGGCAAAUACGACAGCAGCCGGGAAGCGGGGACGGUGAAGCUGUUUGGGCUUCCGAACGACUCCUGAGAGGAGGGCCUGACUGGGAGAGGCGAAGGCCUGCCUUUGUACAGCGGGAUCUGUUCUCUUGGACUUCGUGGGCACUCUGAAUGUUUAUAAAUUGUCGCAAAUUACAAAACCUUCGGUCAGACUGUGCGUCCCUAAUCCUCUCUGUGGUGCUGAGAAUUGAACUGACCUUACACCACUUAGCUACAUCCCCACCCACCCCGCCCCUUUUCCUGGUUUCUGGUUUUUGUUUUUGGUAUUUUUGUGUUAGCUGUUUCUGUCCUCACCCUAUUGCCAGUUAGCUAAUCAAGGCUUUGUAAAUAUGGAUCAUGACCCAUUUUAGGGUUCUCUAAGGGAAUAGAACUGAUAGAGUGUGUGUGUGCAUGAUU